AUGAAGACGCGCAUCGAAGAGUACUUCAAUGACCAAGGAGAAGUGUGCAACGUGAAGUACGUCGACCCGUCCUACAUGAUUCGGUCGGUCGCAGCUAACUCGUACGACCAGAUCUACUGCAUGCAGCUGGCUCAAAACGCCGUUCACGGCGCGAUGGCGGGCUACACGGCGUUCAGCGUAGGGAUGGUGAACGACCGCACGGUGUAUCUGCCAAUGGAGGAGCUCGUGGCACACUCUCCCCGCAUCGUAAACCCCCUGGGUCGCACCUGGGAGAAUGUUCUCACCGUUACCAGACAGCCAAGCACCCUGGGCAGCAGAGCGACCGGCUAAAAGAAAUAGAAGUGUCUUCUAUUGGUUCAACCGAGAGGCAAGCUUCGAGACUCACGGCUUCUCAAGGGCAGAUGCAACAGACCCUGUGCAAACAAGGUUAAGGGCGAUGAUUGGCGGUGGCAAGGUUUGGCCGGGCGAUUGAAGACAGGACAGGGACGGGGCACGGACGGCGGGACAAGCGAGACUCACCAAGUUGAAGGCAUCCCGUCAAGAGUUGUAUUGGAAGGACCCUCGUCAUGUGCUUACUUUCGAGAGCCGUUUCUUUUUUUUUUUCGUGUUUUUGGAAGCACGGGCGGUGCGGAGCGUGAAAGCUCUUCUUUCUGAACCACCCCUGCACAAUCGUUCAAAACAAGGAUGGCAAACGCGCGCGGGCUACACUCUACCGCAUGUACGCGGCACGUUGGUUCACUGCGCUGUUCCCCAUUGUUUCCUAGCGGUGAGGAUGAAUAAUCUCACAGGUUUGGCGCGGGCAUUUGCAGGCCGGGUGUUGGGUGUCGGUCGGUAGCGUACGGGUGCCGUUUCGUGUGCCGGCCAAGUGCUAGAACUGGUUUGCAUUUACGAUCACACCCGAGGUGAGCGGUCGCUAGAUGGACACUUGGUUUUCCCCUCUUGCGUCGAUCUCCGGUUCUUUUUUUUUCGAGUUCCUUUUUUUUCGCAUCGGCUGGUUUCUGCGAAUCGCUUUCAUACGAGGGCGACAGGGCUGGUCAUCUUAUUGCGUGCCUGAAGUACGUGUAGUCGCUGGACCGAGAUAACCAGCCGCGGCAACAAUCGGGCACCUGGCCGAUUAACGUCACAAGUGCAACAUUGGUAGUGGUGGCGCGUGCUGACAGCAAACAUAGGACGCAAUCAGCGUUACAUGUAUUUAUGUCUUUUGGUGCUCGUCUCUUUUUUGGGAGUAAGGCCAAAAGUACAUUCAAGGUCUGACUCGCAUGUUAGUUGCGGGUUUGUUGGAAACAUGGACACGUCCAAUCAUGGUGUACCGAGCACCGGUCGAAUCGCUGCAGCGGUAGCAGUAUCCUUCAAGCCCAGGGGGGAGCGAUACAGAACGUAGUCAUAGCGUGUCUGAAAGUAGGUAAAAUAGCCCCGAUGAUGGGUUCUCUGCCAAGCAAGGCCGCGUAGAAAGGGCAGACCGCACUGCGUAGAGCGCGGAACUAAUAGACGGGGUACGCGAGGUUGAGCGGCGCGAGUCCAAGAGUCGAAAUGGCCAGCAAGCUGGCGGUCAUC